GCGGUCGGGAACUCGGGGGGAGGCGGCAACAUUGUUUCAAGUUGGCCAAAUUGACAAGAGCGAGAGGUAUACUGCGUUCCAUCCCGACCCGGGGGCACGAUACUGGGCCCUGUUUCCCCCUCCUCGGCCCCCGAGAGCCAGGGUCCGCCUUCUGCAGGGUUCCCAGGCCCCCGCUCCAGGGCCGGGCUGACCCGACUCGCUGGCGCUUCAUGGAGAACUUCCAAAAGGUGGAAAAGAUCGGAGAGGGCACGUACGGAGUUGUGUACAAAGCCAGAAACAAGUUGACGGGAGAAGUGGUGGCGCUUAAGAAGAUCCGCCUGGACACGUGAGUGGCCUCUGUACCCGGGACUCCUAACUGGGGACCUCCUUGACUGUCCCCCCCCCAAUCCCCCACGGGCGGGUAGCCGUCCAGGGACCGGAAGACAACAGGGACGGACUUCUUUAGAAGUGGAGAGGUGGGUUGGGGGCCAGUAGAAGGUGGAGUGCAUACUUAUACUCCCUGGGGAGAGUAUAGGAUGGUGUGGAAUCCAUGGAAAACUUUCUUCCCAAACUGAGCCGGAUCGUGCCCCCAAAUGUGCGAACACAGAGACUCGGGGAGAGAAAGGAGGCCUCUGAGAUGAGUGAGACUGAGGGUGUGCCCAGUACUGCCAUCCGAGAGAUCUCUCUGCUUAAGGAGCUUAACCAUCCUAAUAUUGUCAAGCUGCUGGAUGUCAUUCACACAGAAAAUAAACUCUACCUGGUUUUUGAAUUUCUGCACCAAGAUCUCAAGAAAUUCAUGGAUGCCUCUGCUCUCACUGGCAUUCCUCUUCCUCUCAUCAAGAGCUAUCUGUUCCAGCUGCUCCAGGGCCUAGCUUUCUGCCAUUCUCAUCGGGUCCUCCACCGAGACCUUAAGCCUCAGAAUCUGCUUAUUAACACAGAGGGGGCUAUCAAGCUAGCAGACUUUGGACUAGCCAGAGCUUUUGGAGUCCCUGUUCGUACUUACACCCAUGAGGUGGUGACCCUGUGGUACCGAGCUCCUGAAAUCCUCCUAGGCUGCAAAUACUACUCCACAGCUGUGGACAUCUGGAGCCUGGGCUGCAUCUUUGCUGAGAUGGUGACUCGCCGGGCCCUAUUCCCUGGAGAUUCUGAGAUUGACCAGCUCUUCCGGAUCUUUCGGACUCUGGGGACCCCAGAUGAGGUGGUGUGGCCAGGAGUUACUUCUAUGCCUGAUUACAAGCCAAGUUUCCCCAAGUGGGCCCGGCAAGAUUUUAGUAAAGUUGUACCUCCCCUGGAUGAAGAUGGACGGAGCUUGUUAUCGCAAAUGCUGCACUACGAUCCUAACAAGCGGAUUUCGGCCAAGGCAGCCCUGGCUCACCCUUUCUUCCAGGAUGUGACCAAGCCAGUACCCCAUCUUCGACUCUGAUAGCCUUCUCGAAGCCCCCAGCCCUAAUCUCACCCUCUGCUCCAGUGUGGGCUUGACCUGGCUUGGCCUUGGGCUAUUUGGACUCAGGUGGGCCCUCUGAUCUUGCCUUAAACACUCACCUUCUAGUCUUGGCCAGCCAACUCUGGGAAUACAGGGGUGAAAGGGAGGAACCAGUGAAAAUGAAAGGAAGUUUCAGUAUUAGAUGCACUUAAGUUAGCCUCCACCACCCUUUCCCCCUUCUCUUAGUUACUGCUGAAGAGGGUUGCUAUAAAAAAAAAAAAAAAAGAAAAAAAAAAAAAAGCCUUCCUACAUGUUAGAUUUGCCGUACCAAUCUCUGAAUGCCCCAUAAUUAUUAUUUCCAGUGUUUGAGAUGACCAGGAUCCCAAGCCUCCUGCUGCCGCAAUGUUUGUAAAGGCCAAAUGAUAGCAGGGGGCUAAGUUGGAACUUUUGAGAACCAAGUCAAACAAAACCACUGGGAGGAGUCUAUUUUAAAGAAUUCGGUUGAAAAAAUAGAUCCAAUCAGUUUAUACCCUAGUUAGUGUUCUGCCUCACCUAAUAGGCUGGGAGACUCAAGACUCAGCCCGGGUGGGGCUGCAGAAAAAUGAUUGGCCCCAGUCCCCUUGUUUGUCCCUUCUACAGGCAUGAGGAAUUUGGGAGGCCCUGGGACAGGGAUUGUGCUUCAUUCCAAUCUAUUGCUUCACCAUGGCCUUAUGAGGCAGGUGAGAGAUGUUUGAAUUUUUCUCUUCCUUUUAGUAUUCUUAGUUCUUCAGUUGCCAGGGAUCCCUGAUCCCAUUUUCCUCUGAAAUCCACCUCCUACCCCAUAGGAGUUGGAAAUUAGGGUUUAGGCAUCAUUUUGAGAGUACUGACACUUUUUCAGGGCUGUGAUUGAGUGAGGGCAUGGGCAAAAAUAUUUCUUUAAAAGAAGGAUGAACAAUUAUAUUUAUAUUUCAGCUUAUAUCCCAUAGUAAGGUUGGCUUUUUUUUUUUUUUUUUUUUUUUUUUUUUUUUGGUUAGAGUGGGUGGAUUUGUUGCCAUGUGCACCUUCGGGUUUUGUAAUGACAGUGCUUAAAAAAAAAAAAGCAUUUUUUUUUGUUUAUGAUUUGUUUCUGUCACCCUUGUCCUUGAGUGCUCUUGCUAUUAACGUUAUUUGUAAUUUAGUUUGUAGUUCAUUAAAAAAAUGUGCCUAGUUUUAUAGUUCA